AUGGGUGCCACGAAGCAGGUUGGAGACGAUGGUCUCCAAGCCACCACCAACGUAGCCGCCAUUGAUAGCACCAGGCAGACCGGUGACGAUGACUUCCACGCGGCCGCGGCACGCAAAGAGGAAGCCAACGUAGAUACCAAUGAUGCUGAUCAUCAAGCCGGCUGGGACACGGACGAGCCCAUCAACAAAGAUGCUCAAGCCGGUAUCCAGAACAUCGAGGCGACUACCAUGGUAUGGAACAAGAAGGCGUUGAUCGCUGCCUAUGUUUGGAUCUGGGUUAUCUAUUUCGUCGAUAGCUUGCAGCAAGGCACCACGGGAGCACUCACGCCAUAUGUCACAUCCUCCUAUCUGCAACAUUCGCUCACCCCAACUACAAGCAUCAUGAGUAGCAUCAUCGGUGGCGUCUCACGUCUCACUAUUGCCAAGAUCAUUGAUGUCAUUGGCCGUCCAACUGGAUACCUCCUAUCAGUCGUCUUUCUCACUCUCGGCCUGAUCCUCAUGGCUGCCAACAACGGUGUCGAGAUGUACGCGGCCGCGCAAGUUUUCUACUGGGUCGGCUACGACGGUCUCAUGUUCUGCCUCACAGUUUUCAUCGCGGAUACAUCCCACCUGCGGAACCGAGGUCUGAUGUUCGCUUACUCCCAGACGCCAUACAUCAUCACCACCUGGAUCUCGGGCUACGUUGCUACUGACUUCCUCAACGGCCCAGGUUGGCGAUGGGGGUUCGGCGCAUUUUGCAUCAUCACACCCGUCAUGCUCUCCCCUCUCUGGAUCCUUUUCAUCCACUACCUGCACAUUGCUAGAAAGCAGGGCAUUCUGCCUGAAAGAACCAAGAGUGGUCGCAAUAUCUUGCAGUCCCUCUACUACUACUGCCGCGAGUUUGACGCCAUCGGUAUCCUCCUGGUUACUGCCGGUCUUGCCCUCUUUUUGCUGUCUUUCAACCUUUACCCAAAUCAGGCCGAGCAAUGGAAGUCGCCUCUUAUUAUCUGCUUUAUUAUCUUCGGUGGCCUUCUCCUUAUCGCCUUUGCUGUCUACGAGAAGUGGUUUGCUCCCGUCACGUUCAUUCCUUACAACUUGCUCCUUGACCGGACAGUCAUGGGGUCCUGCAUCCUGGCAGCCACCAAUUUCAUCAGCUUUUACAUCUGGAACUCUUACUUCUCCUCUUUCCUGCAGGUAGUGAACGGUUUGACGGUCACCCAAGCCACAUACGUCGGCAACACCUACAACAUGGGUUCCUGCUUCUGGGGUGUCAUAGUCGGUCUAGCCAUCCGCUAUACCGGUCGGUUCAAGCCUUUUGCUCUGUUCUUCGGUGUUCCUCUCAUGAUCUUGGGUGCAGGCCUGAUGAUCAAGUUCCGCCAGCCUGACGUAAAUAUCGGAUACAUCGUCAUGUGCCAAAUCUUCAUCGCCUUUGCCGGCGGGACUUGCGUGAUUACCCAAGAGGUCGCCGUCAUGGCCGCCGCUGAGCACCAGCAUAUCGCCGUCGUUAUCGCGAUGCAGUACAUGUUCUCCAGCAUCGGCGGCGCCAUCGGCUCGACCGUCUCCUCCGCCAUCUGGCAGAACGAAUUCCCCAAGAGCUUGGCUAAGCACCUUCCUGAAGAGUCACAGGGAAAUCUCACGUCAAUCUACGGCAACUUAGUCACACAGCUGUCGUAUCCGGAGGGCUCACCCACGCGUAUCGCCAUCCAGGAUGCGUACGGAGAGGCUCAGCGGUACAUGCUCAUUGCUGCCACUUGCGUCCUCAUUCUGUCCCUCGGUUCUGUCGCUGUCUGGAGGGAUCUCAAGAUCAAGAAUGUCAAGCAGGUCAAGGGUGUCGUUGUCUAA